AUGGCAUCUAGAUCUGCUGACUUACAAAACUCCAGUAGUAACAUCUCUCCAGAAGAACAGUUAUUCGGUCGUCCAUAUGCCUAUUAUAAACCAGAAAAAUCAAGUGUUUCAUCAAAGCUUGUGGUUGCAGCACUAAUUGUCGUUGUCGUUGCUGCUCUUGAUUUCUUAUUAGCUACAAACAUUUUAAUUUAUAUUAGAACCAUUGAACCAGGUUCCACUAAAGAUGCUGUUAGACAUACUGCUGUCAUUUUAAUGUCAUUGGCAUUAAUUUGGGUUUCAUAUAGAUUUAUGGUCUGGUACAUUAAGAAAUUCAAAAUUAAAGACAGUAUGAAACAAAACAAAUUUUACCAAAGAAUUGCUAAUGAAGUGAUAGAGUUAGAGAAUUUAUUACAAAAUCCAGAAGAUAACGAUAAGAGAACUGAUUAG